CUCGCGAUCUACCCGUCCGGGAGCAUCACGCACAACGUCCGCGUCGACGACACGUUCCGGUGCCAGCUCGACCUGCGGCACCUGCCCUUCGACGAGCAGGAGUGCUCCGUGACCAUCGGCUUCGCGCCCUACGACACGCAGCGCGUCCAGUACUGGGAGCCGCAGGUGACGCUCGGGACGCACGGGAACAACGCGUGGAGAAUCAAGGGCACGUCGGCGACGGUGGACACGGUGAUCCGCACGUCCAGGGACUACAGCGAGGCGCACAUGACCUUCCGGUUCAAGCGGAAGCCCAACUUCUACUUCCUGCAGACCGUGCUCCCGGCGAUGAUGUUCCUGCUCAUCAACUACGUGGGCUUCUGGGUCGACCGCCACGUCGGGCCCGCGCGCGUCGCCAUCGCCGUCAUCCCCGUGCUCAUCAUGCUCACGCUCCAGACCCAGUCCUACGCGCGCAUGCAGGUCCUCUCCUACGUGACGAGGCUCACGAAGUUCCUCAUCACGUGCCAGGUCAUCUCCGUCGCGUGCGUCCUCGAGUACGGCGCCGUCUGCUACUUCCUCGGCCGCGAGCGGAUCCAGGAGGAGCGC